UGCUGUUAUUUAAAGGUGUGCUACUAAUAAUCGCCUGAGUGUAUCACUAUGAGUUCUUCUGCUGUACAGAGAAGACCAAAAGAUACUUUCCAGCAAGAACUGGAUGAUGUUAUACAGAAGAGACGAAGUAAAGGAUAUUCCACUGGAUUCUCGGAUGCAGAGGAAGUGGGAGAAGAUUAUGACGACGACUUUGAUGAAGAAAGCGACGAUGAUGAUAUACUGAAGCAGUUCACAAAACCAAGUAAAAGUCUCAAUAAAACUAUGAAAGGAAAGAUGACAAAACAAGAUUGGAAGCUUCCAUCUUACCUUCAAGAUGAUGAUGAUGAAAGUUCAGAUGACGAUCCGUCUCAGUUUCUUAAAACAACCAAACCAACUUCCCCAACUGAUAAGUUAAGUAAGAAAUCAUCAAAACCAACUCCGUUACCCCAAUCAUCGGUUCUCUCUAAAACCAUGCGGCAAGAUGACGGUGACAACCCACUUUUGUCACUUCUCAAUGACAACCUCCAUGGCGGAACAGCCACAUCAAAGUCUGAUAAACCAAGAUCAAAAUCCCCGUUUUCUCCGGAUGCAACACAAACAUACACCUCUCCUCGUGGAGUGGGAUCCCCGAGAGUAAAAUCUCCAACCUACGCUGAAGAGAAGAUCGUAUCGCCAAGAUCUCGUACAAAGAGUCCUCUUCCUUCAACAUCUUUCCAAUCCUCCAAAGAAACCAUUCCUCCAGGGAUGGAAGAGAAGAAUCCUAUUUCUCCUCUUAUCUCUCCUCGCUUGGAAAAAGACUCCAGGAAUCGAAAAAAGUUUGAGAGCGAAAAUAAGUCAGAGAAUCUUAACCCAACAGUCCCUGUUCGUCGGCCUAGAAAAACAAAUGGAAAAAACCAGGAAGAAAAAUCUGUAGAUGAGAUUCUAUCCUCUAUGAGGAGAAGUUUAAAUGAAGAUAGAGACUCAAUUGAUCGGACGAAAUCUUCAUCCGAAAAACCAGUUAAAGAAGGUGCAUCUGGAUCCUUCAAAUCUCAAUCCAUCAUUGAUUUUCUUCUGGAUGACCCGAAUAAACCAAAACCUGCUCCAAGGAAGAAAGGAGCUGAAGAGGUGGAAGUUAGAAGAUCAAGGUCAAGGAGUGGGAGCCGACCUGGGACUCCUGGGGAUUUAAAAUCUCAUCACAGAUCUCCCACCCCACCUAGUGCUCGCGAUAAAAAGAGGAAGGAGAGUGAAAACGAACGAGUACGGUCGCCAACGUCUUCAUCACAAGAUCGACCGAGUUCAUUUCCCCCUGUGACAGAUAGCAUUAUGACAUCAUCAUACGAUACGAGAGCUCGCGAUAAACGACGAGCAAAGAAAGUUAAAGAUGACGUUGAUACACAAGUGCAGAGGAAUGAACAAAGAUCCCCCGAUAAAACAUCGACCACAGACGAGUUGCUUGCAUUGUUUGAGCAAGUCAACACAACAGAUGAUCCAAACAGAGAACGAAAGAUCGAAAAUCCACAAACAACAUUAGAUGAAAGAGUGAAAAGUCCUGUUGAAGAGGUUGUUGAUAAAACAAUUAAUGAGAUGUCUAUGGAGAAGCCGAAACAAACAUCUUCCAACCACUUGAUGGAAAACGUGAUCGAAAACAUCGCCACGCAUAACGAGGACACGAUACAUGAACAAGGAUAUGAUAAGCCCCAAAAAGAGAACGUAGAAACCACCGAAAAGAAAAAGGUUCCAGCUACAAGACUUGGUUCAAGUUCAAGAAUGAACAAAUCUUAUCGAACUCCACCAGUAGGUUACCAAGGGCUGGGGUCGGUCACUGCAUUGAAACAACUACAAACCUAUCAUGGACCUAAAGAAGACCAAGCCUUGAAUUCGACGGCAGAUAUAAGAGAGACAAUAUACAUGCAAUGGCUAGCUGAUCGUGAGGUGAAAAUAAAAGAGAGGAAAAAGCAAGAGAAGUUGAAGAAGAAGGAGGAAGAAGAGAAGAAGGUGAAAGCAGAAGAAGAAAAAAGGUUGGAUGGUGAAAGUGCAAGAAGAGCUUGGAUGGAAGAUAAAGAAAAAUACCUAAAAGAGCAAGAGAAGAGAAAAAGAAGAGAAGAGAGAAAGCAAAGAGAAGAGAAAAUGAAAAAGGAAGAAGAAAAAUGGAAAUCCGAAAAAAAAGGAGAUAUGAUCAGGAAGAAGAAAAUAGAGGAAGCCAGGAGGAAACAUAGGGAAGAGGAGAAAAGAAAGAGAGAAGAAGAGAUGCUCCAAAAAGAGAAAGAAAGACAAAAGAAAGAGGAAAAUGAGAAAGCCCUCAAUGAAUGGAACAAAAAGAGAAGUACUGAAUGGGUGCAAGCGAAAAAGAAAGAGAAAAAAGAAAAAAGCAAGAUUGAAAAAGAAAAGCAAAAAGAAAAAGAGAAGAAGAGUGAAGAAGCUCAAGAUAAAUAUGCAAAAUGGCGAGAGAGAAAGGAGGAACAACUUAAGAACGAUCGUCAUCGAAUGGUUGAAGACGAAGACCGGCCAACAUGGCGGCCAGCCAAUAAGGUGAUCCCGUUUGGUCGCUAAUUCGCACUUGGUUUGAACUGUCACGUGAUGCACAAUGACGUCAGUAGCAUAGAAAUUCCAUAAUUUUUUUUUUAAAUAGUUUAAAAUAAACCUCAGAUAAAAAAAAUCCCCGUCCACCAAGAAACGACUUGUAUUAAAUCACGUGACUAAUCGUCGUCAAACUUCAUUUUCCCGUCAUUAUCGCUACUGUGACGUAAUUAUGUCAAAAACCGCACCCAAAAUAACGAGUUUAAAAAAUUGUAGCUGCUGCAAUUUGUGAUUUCGAUUUUUUACGACUUCCAUUUCCCAAACCUUAGACAACUCGUUAAAUUUCCGUUAUCAAAGUUACAUACGUGGUAACUCGCAAGCGGGCACGAGGUGUAUGAAACAGAACACCCUGUUAUAAGACUGUCGUUGCCCGCCACUCUAGAAUCAACAAGAUUCAUUCAUUCGUUAUGCAAAGUUUUAUCACUAACUUGUUCAGCACAACACUUUUAUUUUGCUGGUUUUGGUUCACUAACUAGAAAUAUAUUCACAAACUUAAAAUAUUCGUUUCAUGUGUUUUAUCUAUUUUUUUUUAUAAAAAUUCACGACAAAACAAUACUAUUUUAUGUGUGUUAGGUCCGGUAGUAAAAAACGUUACGUGACUUAAAAUUUUAGCCAGGCCCAUUACCGCGACUAUAAAACUAACGUUAAAUAAAAGUUGCAGCGUAGUAUAUUUUUUUAGUUACUAAAUCUUUUAUGUUGUUCAUAUGUUUUUAAGUCAAUUUUACACUUUUGUUUUGCUUUUGAUAAUCGUAAUAAACGUUUUAUUU